GGAAAACACAGCAUGUCAAAUUAACCUCUACCAAACGUAAACAAACUUCAAUCAAAUAAACACCGGGUUUUAUUAAAUUUUAUGAGAGGUUCGAGGAGCGGUUUUCGUUUUAAUCGUUUUCAGUUAGCUGCCGGUCCGCUACAAGAAACAGUCGAAGAUGUCUCAGAAAUUUUUCGUUAAUCCUUUCGAAGAUUACAACGAAGCCGAAGAUCACAUCCCCGAUAUGGGGAUUGUACCCAGAUAUUGCACUUGCAUCGAAGACAGAUGGAGGAGCACGGAGGAGCAAUUUCAAAAUUUGGAUUUCAAAGAUUACUCCGUUUACACUGGAACAUCGGGGUACGCUUUGUUGAAGUUGAAGAAAGAACCAAACAUUCCUAAAAAUCUCAAAGAAAUCAAAAAGCUGUUGUGCCUGGACAAGCUGAAAGGCAGACGCCACACGUUCCUCUGCGGCGACGCCGGUCCCCUCGCCAUCGGCAUCGUCAUCAACGACAAACUGGGCAAGCACGAGGAAGUCGAACACUUGCUCGGCAAAUUAACUUCCCUUGGUAGGGACGUUUUGAACAUACAGUCGGACCUGCCCAACGAGUACUUGUACGGAAGGGCCGGUUAUUUGUACGCGAUUUUAUACGUCAACGAAAACGUAUCGCCGCCUCCUUUCGAAGACCAAUUAAUCACCCAACUGAUCGAAGCGAUACUGGUUUGCGGUCGGGACGUGGCGAAGGCGGGCUGUUUCAAAUGCCCGUUGAUGUACCAAUGGCACGACAGCUACUAUUUGGGCGCCGCUCACGGCCUGGCCGGCAUCCUCUACUUGCUGUUGCAAGCGCGCAGCUACAUCGCCGAGACGGAUUUGAACAACGUGAUCCGGCCCACCAUCGAGUACCUGUUGACCCAGAGGUUUCCCAGCGGAAAUUUCCCGUCGUCGAUCGGCCGGGAGGCCGAUAAGUACAUGCAAUGGUGCCACGGCGCUCCGGGGUUCGUGUACUUGUUGACCACCGCGUAUAAAGUUUUUCAAGAUACGAAAUAUCUACAGGCCGCUUUGGAAUGCGGUGAUGUUAUUUGGGAAAGGGGGUUGAUUAAAAAAGGGUACAGUCUUUGUCACGGUGUAUCAGGAAACGGUUACUGCUUCCUGGAGUUGUAUCAAACCACACAGGAAAGGAAGCAUUUGUACAGGGCCACCAGAUUCGCUGAGUGGUGUCUGAAUAAGGUGAAUGAACACGAAGAACUCUCCCCUGAUAGACCAUUGUCUUUAUUCGAAGGCAUAGCAGGACCCAUGUAUUUCCUUCUGGAUAUGCAACAACCUAUGGAAGCCAAAUUCCCCGGUUUUAGCCUCAGUUACAUUUAAAUACUAUUUAUUUAUUUUUUGUAUUUACAAAUUGAUGUUCAAAAAUCGUACUUUCUGAUAUUAAACGUACAGUAUUU